AGUCGAAAACUACCGUCUCUGACUGCACAAGGGUAAAUGUCGUUUUCGGGUUGAUGCUGAUAUUCAACGCCAACCCAUUGUAGUGCGUGGCGCUUUGUUUUUGUUGUUUUUUUUUUCGCUUUUCACCAAAAGGACGCUAAAAAAAAUUAUUAUCAAGUAAGACACAUGUAUGUCACAAAAUUGAAAUACGCAACUGAAAGUCAAUACAUAAAUCUUUUAUGUAUGUACAUAAACCUUUUUACAAAAAUAAGAACCGAACAAGUCUUCAAUAUAGACUGUUAAAGCUUUAAAGUUUCAACUAACACCAGUCGCAUAUGGAUAUUAUCUUGUGUUAUUAUAUUUACAUAUGUACAUACAUAGUACAUCAAUUUUUGUGAAAGCUACGAUAUACUGCGAUAAUAGUGUGAAGUGAUAAACCGGGUUUUCAGUUGUAAUUUGUAAAAAAUCAAAUUAAAAUUCCUACUUCAUUAGUAGCCGAGUGAUCUCUGAAAAGUAAUGUGCAAUCAUCGUUUAAUUAUCUAUAUGAAUAAUCAUAUAGUUGCCUUUUAUAGUGCCAUUAGUGUAUCAUAAAAGAUAAGAGCGGAUAUUGUUCGUACCUGUAAUUAUUAUUUACACUUUUGAAAUUGUCAAGUUUCAUCAAAUUAGCUCUUGAAUUUAAAAUCUAUUUACAAAUGCAUAUCCUACAUCGAACCAGUGAUCACCAGUUCGAGGACCAGAAAUUCAUGAUGGAACGCCUCACUAGUCAUGGGAGCUUGGGGUUGUCAAGCAGUAGCCCCGCUUACACGACACAUACGGGUGGCCACAGUGGCCGUGGAGGACCUUCUUCUGGACACGGUAGCCAUGGCAGUACUCACGGAUCUACAGCAACAAUGCAUCAUCAAUCUCUUCAAUCAGAUUUCCAACCGCCCUAUUUUCCUCCACCGUUUCAUCAUUCAACUCAAAGUCCACCCCAACAACAGAACCAUGGAGCUUUAGAGUAUUUGGGUACAGAUCCAUAUGGACAACCGUUAUCAUCACUGCACCAUGCCCCUUUGCACCAUUAUAACCAAUUAGCGGGCUUACGAACAACUCAGGAUCAACUUGGUAUACACAGAUCUCACAGAGAAGCGGAGCUACAAGGCCAUGUGGCGCAGCUGUCGCAUGGCUUCCCAUAUACAGAUAGACGAGCAGAUUAUGGUAGCACCUUAUCAGGAGGUGCCACACAUGGUGGUAGGCUUGCUCAUGAACAUGAUCCCUUAGCCUUACAUCAAGCACUACAGAACGCUGUUGAUGAUGUCCAAAAUCCCGGUAUAGAUGAUAAUGUCGCGUUUAUGUCAGAUCUACCUCUAAUUAAAAGUAUUAAAAGUGGGAAAGAACUUGGAAAUAUUGGAUCCGGUUCCCCUAGUGAGGUAUUUUGUGCUGUUCCGGGACGACUUAGCCUUUUAUCCAGCACGUCCAAAUACAAAGUAACAAUUGCCGAAGUUCAACGAAGGUUAUCACCUCCAGAAUGUCUAAAUGCGUCUCUACUUGGUGGAGUUCUUCGAAGAGCUAAGAGCAAGAACGGUGGACGCCUACUAAGAGAAAAGCUUGAAAAAAUUGGUUUAAAUUUACCUGCGGGAAGACGGAAGGCUGCCAAUGUCACAUUACUAACGUCCUUAGUAGAGGGCGAAGCUACUCAUCUGGCAAAAGAUUUUCAUUUCGUUUGUGAAACUGAAUUUCCAGCUCGUCAGCUAGCUGAAUACGUCAUAAGACAUCAAACAGAACCCCAAGAAUCCUAUCGCCGGAAAGAACUACUUAUUCAUUCACAGCAGAUAACAAAGGAAUUAAUGCAAGUACUUAGCCAAGAUCGCACAACACAAUAUGGCACGCGAUCACAACAUUUACUGGAACCCUCCAUGCAGCGUCACCUCACACACUUCUCUUUGAUUACUCAUGGGUUUGGAUCUCCUGCUAUAAUGGCCGUACUACAUGCUUUCCAAACUUUUCUCAAUGAAUCACUCAACUAUUUAGAUAAAUUAUAUCCUUCAAAUAGUGGAGGUAUGGUGUCCUCUUCGCUGGACAAAAACAAAAUUGAUAGUGACAAGAAAUGAUAGGCCGGAUUCGCUUUAUUUUAUUAAACACAAAAAGAAAAACGUUUUAAACGAAACAAAGUAUAAACUUAAGUAAAAGAAAACAAAUAUUAGUUCAUCGAGCGUAACUUUAAUUUUAAUGUCGAUUAAGCCGUUAUUUUUAUUAUAAAUGUACCAUUUGUUAAUAAUUUUAAUUCUGACACAUACCUAUGCAUAUAUGUAUGUAUGUAUGUAUAUAAUAUGUCAAUGCAUAAUGCAUUUCAUAGUUGAUUAUACAUACAUAGUAUUUGCUACAAAAUAAUUUUUCAUGUAAUUAAAAAUUAUGCCGGCCAUACAGGAUAUACUUGUAUAUGGUAUAAAUGCUCACUUUAUACACGUAUACAUACAUAUAUAUAAAUAUCCCUAUCCAUUAUCUGUAAGUUUGCUUGAUUUUUGAAGGAGUUGUUCAAGGUAAUUUUCGCACAUAUGUUUAUAUACCCGCCAGUUAAAAUGUUUUGCCUGCGUAAAAAUUAAAUGAAUCAGAAUUGAGAGAAUAAUAACAAUAUUUUGUUAAGGUUUUAUUUAACAGAACUUGUAAUUAUAUUUGUUGAAUGCCUAACUUUUAGAUUUUCGAGUCAGGAUGUGUUAAACACACAAGUUUAUACCUUCCUCUCAUAAAAUGCCUUGAGUAGAUUUUUUAAACAUUAUGGAACGCCCAUUUGUUGAAAUAUUCAAAAAGAACGUUACAAAACAGAGGAAAGCACAACAUUCAAAAAACUCUAAGCACUCAUUAUAACGGGUGUUUUUUUAGACGUGUGGUUUUCAAUGAUUCAAACUUUUUGCGGAUUUGGUCUUUUUGACUGCUGUUACUUGGUUAAUAUUCAGUUGGGUUAGGGAUUUUAAAAUGAAAGGUUUGGAAAUCGUGAUAAUUAUUACCAAAAUAAUGGUUUGGUGCCGUAGUCCAAUGUUCGGUCGACAUAAUCGCACAGCAGAUUUCGUAAUUCAAGCAAUCAUGGAUCGGUUUUAUACCACGUUUACUCUAGUGAAUAAUGCGCAUCAUCAUAGACGCUGUACAGUGUGCACCGAAGACGCUCGAGUAGAGUUUCGAAGAAGACCCGAAUGAGUCCAUCCCCCAUCGCGCGCAACAAUUGGAGCUGUGCCUAUCCACGAACGGAAGAUUUUUCGGAAGGAUCUUGGUUUGCAAUCUGACAACCUCAAACUCGUGCAAGAAUUGAAUCUGAACGACAUUAACGCGCGUCGCACGUUCGGCGAAUAAUUUUAUAAGAAAAUUUUGUUCAGCGAUGAAGCUCACGUUUGGUUGAAUUAUAAUGUUAAUAAACAAAAUUUAGACGCCGUUGCAUCCUCAAAAAUUCACUGUUUGGUGUGCCCACUGCUGGACUAUUUUUUGUGGGGUUACGUGAAUACGCUUCACUAUGCAGAUAAGCUCGUAUUCGGCGUGUUAUUUCUGAUAUACGGCCCAAUUGCUGCAAAAAGUGGUCGAAAAUUGGCUGGAACUUAUUGGAGCCAGCCGCGGGAUCACUUGUCCGAAGUCAUUUCUGAAACAUAAUGGCAAACCCUAAUUUUUAUAGUAAAGCUAAAUUCUUGGCCAUAACAUCAAAUUAUAUGCGUUUUAUUUUUCUUGAAAACCACAUGUAUAAUCGAAACACCCUUUAUUUGUACAUAAUAUGCCAUGCCAAUAAAUCAUUAAAUCCUUCUAACCAGAGACGCUCAACUUAAGCCGCUCUUUUAACGCAUUUAUUUAUUUAUUAUAUUGUAGUACCUACAAGAACAUGCGAUAAUUUAAAAUGCAUUAAAGAGUAUUGUGUUCCUUUGCAAAACAAAACUAAAAUACAUGGCGGGUUAAUUAUAAAUCAAUUAAAUAACUAAGUAACAUUUUUUUGUUUUCUCAAAAUGGGAGAGUUUAUAGAUUAAAAAAAUUGCAUAGUCUUCUUGAAAUAAGGCAUAUAUGAAGUAUAUAUAAGUAUGUAUGUAAAACAAUAAAAACAAAGGAAUUAAUGACAAACAAACAUAAAUAUGUAGAAGCCAUAAAUAAAUUCUAUUACAAAGAUAUAAUAAUUUAGAAUACAUUUUCCUUGUUUGUAAAAACGUUUAGUGUGUAAUUUUGAAUUUCUAUUAAUUCUUCUUAAUAUUCGAACAUAUCAAUAAUAUAAAUUUUUUCACUGUUUACCAUUUUAAAAAACUUCUGCACUGACCUAAAUUUAUAAGGAAGUACUGGUGUUUAUUAAUAAAAAAAUAUGUUUGGGGACAAUCUUGAAAUUCUAUAUACUUGUAGUUAUAUAAUAGUUUCGUGUAAAUUUUACCUUUUUAAACAAUUAAAUUAUAUAUACAACAUUUUCACAUCAGAUGACUUUAGCGCAAAGUCUUUGAAUUUACGACUACAAUUUAAUUUUUUUGGACUUAUAUUGGAUUUAUCAGAAAAUAUAACAAAGAGGGCUCAUGAGAAGCUUACUUUACUUUAAAAAAAAUCUACGUAAAUUACACCAAGGUAGAUAAUUUUUAAAACAAAAAAUAAUCAUAGUAGACUGAAAUCCAUUGGAAGAGAAAGAACAGAUAACAAAAAUGAAGAGAAAAAUUAUUUACAAGCGAUCUGUGGUGGGGUAGAGGAAGGGAAGAGGAGUGGUUGAAUUUUAAUGGAUUAAAAACUGUUUAUCUCGAUUUUCAGCACAACUACAAGUCCUACAAAUAUAAUUUAUUUGGGCUAACUGUAGGUAAUGAAAUAUCUACGACUUUUGUAUUGACAUCUUUUUCCCAUAACUUCUAAAUUUAUUUGAAAAAUUCAAAUUCAUUCUUCAUUUCAAAUAUUUAUUUUUUCACCUUUAUUUAAUAUCGGAGAAGGACUCUAACUUUCAUUCGAAAAUUUUACGUCAAAUAUCGGCGGACUUUCAAAUAAGUCGGUAAGCUUUGUAUUUAUUGUAAUGUAUACUUUCUGAUGGUGUAAAAAAUAUAUACUAUAAUAUUAUAAGUUUCCUAAAAAAAUGCCAAAAAAUACUCUACUAAAUGAUUCAAACCUGCUUUUUUCAUUCCUAUUUUUUUGUAAUAGUAGCAGUAAAAGCAGCUUCAUUUUCCAAUUGGUUUUAACCUACUAUGAAUUUUUUCACUGUUUACUCUUUUUCAAAACCUUCUGCACUGACCUAAAUUUAUAAUGAAGUACUAUUAUUAUUAAUAAAAAAAUAAAUGCAAAUUUAAUUUUUUCAGUAAGUAAAAUAAUUAGGUGAAGUGAAAACGUAAGACUUUUUCGCAACGCAAGCAUCACUACUUUCGAUAUUAAAACUUUUAUCUUUGCCCACGCUAUCAUACUAGAUACUACUUGUAUGUACUUGUAUGCUAAACUUGUCUAUUUUGUAAACAACAAAAGAGAAAUAAAUGAGAACUUAUUUUAUUGGUUAAAAAAAUAUUUUAAACUUUUUAAAAACAAAUUGCUCAUAAACAUUCAAAGCGUGUCUACAUACGCAUUACCGAAAAGUUAUGGAACAUACACACAUUUUUUAACCAAAACCACUAACCAUAUGUAUCUAAAUUUAAUGUUUAAAAUUGAAUGGCAAGAAAAUGUAUUAUAUGAAAAAUUCUUUUAAGUGGUAAGUUGUGCGUACUAUACUUACAUACAUAUGUAUGUAUAUCUAUAGAUGUGUGUUUAGGUAUGGUAUAAGUCAGAGGUAAACCUGAAAUUUAUCAAGCAUAUAAUCAUAUAUAUGUAUAUACAUUUUUAACUAAGCACAUUAGUGAAAAUGCUUUAAACUGUAGGUAUGUCCAUGUGAAUGCAUAGCUAAAUUCUAAAUUAAAAGUUUUCAACUAGUUUGAUAAGUAGUAAAAAUAAAGAAUGUACAUAUAACGUACUAAAUGUAUGAAUUAUUUCAUAAGAAAUUACAUCUGGAGCACUAGCCUAUAAUGCUACCUUUUCCAAAUUGAUACAUAUUAUAUAUACUUAGCCAUAGUGAUCUAUAAGUGAUUUUUUAGAUUUAAUUUAUCUUCAAUUACAUUUUACAAAUGAUAAAUAUAUUAAAUGUUUUCCAAACGAAUUCGCAGUUUCUAUGUAUCUAUUUCAAAGUACUCUGUAUGAAGUUCCAAUUACGUUCAAAAGUAAUCUCAUAGAGCCCAAGGAUAAAUUUUAGUUGCCAUAGUCCCCUUUACUGAACCAAAUAAAAAGCAUGUAAGAAAAGACUAAGUUCGAGUGUAACCGAACUUUUUAUUCCCGCAAUGUACAUAUCAUAUAAGAAGCAAAGGCGGGGAAAUGGAUUACAACCGAGAUAUUUAUAUACAUAUAUUAAAACCAAUCUAUUAACUCAAUUUCGAUAUAUGUAUGUAAUAUAAACUCAAAUGAAAUUUAAAAUAUUGGGAAUAUAAGGGAAAAGAAACUGGAGGCGAGGAUACCGUUAUAUUGCAGGUUGAGGCUUAGACCAAAUUCAACUGUAUUAAGUAUGAGUUUAUUCAUAGCUGAAAUAAUUGUACAAUCAAUAGUUAAAAUGUAUUAAUUGUUUUUAAAAUUAUUAUAAGAGAAUAAUCACAUAAUUUAAAGAUUUAUACGUAAAUAAAUCUUAAUGUCGACAAACAAAGUUAUGGCUUAAGAAAGAUAAGUUGUAGUCAAUCCUUUCGUAUUACAGACAGCUAAUGAGAUGAAUAUUCAAUAUGCUAUCUUCAUGUUUGGAAACUCAGUGUAUAACUCGUUUAUCCGUAAGAGUUUGAAAAGGUCGAAGGGUGAAAUACGUUUCAAAUUUUUUUCAGAACAAAAUGCGUAAAAGUGCAUUAACUCAUC